GCAGACAACGGGCAGUCUCUGGGUCCUUGUUCCCUGCGUGACGUCACCACAACCUCGUCGGUAUGGUAAAAACGUGGAGACUUUUUACUUGACGAGAUCACAGUUCUGUCACGUUAACCACAAUGGAGUACAUGCAGGCUCCUGCUGCCAGCAGCCAAGGGAACAUCCUCUGUUGUACCUGUGGUGUCCCGAUUCCACCAAACCCGGCCAACAUGUGCGUAUCCUGCCUACGUACUCAGGUAGACAUCUCGGAGGGAAUCCCCAAGCAAGUCACAGUGCAUUUCUGCAAGCAGUGUGAACGGUACCUGCAGCCGCCUGGCACGUGGUUGCAGUGCGCUCUGGAGUCCAGGGAGCUGCUGGCCCUUUGCCUGAAAAAGCUGAAGAGCUCUAUGGCUAAAGUACGUCUUAUUGACGCUGGCUUCCUGUGGACGGAGCCCCACUCCAAGAGGAUCAAGAUGAAGCUGACCAUCCAGAAAGAGGUGUUGAAUGGUGCUAUCCUGCAGCAGGUGUUCGUGGUUGAGUUUGUCAUUCAGUCCCAGAUGUGCGACGACUGCCAUCGUGUGGAGGCCAAAGACUUCUGGAAGGCAGUGGUUCAAGUUAGGCAGAAGACUCAUCAUAAAAAGACAUUCUACUAUCUUGAGCAGCUGAUCUUAAAGCACAGACUCCAUCAGAAUGCUCUCAAUAUCAAAGAAAUCCAUGAGGGAAUUGAUUUUUACUUCGGCUCCAAGCAGCACGCACAGAAGAUGGUGGACUUCCUGCAGUGCACCGUGCCCUGCAGGUCCAAAACAUCCCAGCGCCUCAUUUCCCAUGACAUCCACUCGAACACCUACAACUAUAAGAGCACCUUUUCCAUGGAAAUCGUUCCUGUGUGCAAGGACAACGUGGUGUGUCUUUCACCACGGCUGGCACAGAGCCUGGGGAACAUGGGUCAAGUGUGUGUGUGCGUCCGUGUCACCAGCACCAUCCAUCUCAUUGAUCCGCGCACCCUGCAGAUUGCUGAGGUUGAUGGGGGCACAUACUGGCGUAACCCAUUCAACGGUCUCUGUAACCCGCGACAACUGGAAGAGUUCAUUGUUAUGGACAUCGACAUCAUCCGAGACCAGAAGCUGGGCGCUGGAGCUGGCGUGAGGUCCAACAAGCACACCCUGGCUGAGGUGUGGGUCCAGAAAACGUCAGAGAUGGAUACGAGUCAGCAGUAUCACUGUCGUACGUUCCUGGGCCACCUGCUCAACAUCGGGGAUCUGGUGCUGGGGUAUGACUUUGCCAAUUCGAAUGUCAAUGAUGAGUACCUGAAUAAGAUGAACCCUCACCAUGUUCCUGAUGUGGUUCUGAUCAAGAAGAGUUAUGACCGCAGCAGGAGAGCGAGGCGCAGGAACUGGAAACUACACGAGAUGGCUCGAGACCGUGAAGGCGUGGACACAGAUGAUGAGAGGCAAUACCAGGACUUCUUGGAGGACCUGGAGGAAGAUGAGGCUUUAAGAAAGAAUGUCAAUAUCUACAGAGAUGCAUCAAAGAUUCCAGUGGAGAGUGACACUGAUGAGGACGGAGCACCAUGCAUCUCCCUGAUGGAGAUGCUGGAAGAUCUCAGCUUGACAGAUGCCACAGGAGGAGAGGGAGCUGACAUGCUGACGGAGUAAUCGGUUGCCUCUACUUCCUCGGCACCGACAGAUCUUUUCAAACGCAGAUCGGCUGAUGAUGCAUGGACACAAUUUCAAGUAUCUGAUUUUGAACCGGUAGAGUGAGAGCUGAUUAAAUCCCUGACAGAUGCUGAUGAGAUCCACAGGUCCUGACUGCGGUAUAAUAACUAACAACAGUUAAACUAAUCACCUUGGUGGUGCCUAUAGUUACAAAUGCACUUUUUCUGAAAAAGUGGGCUUUGAGUUGUUCCAGCUGAUAAUUAACUUCUUCUACUUCAACUUGGUGGAUUUUUUUGUACUUCAUACCUGCAAGUUAUCAUGUCAGAUCAUUUUAAUAAUGCUCUUCCUUGUGAUGAAAUUACAUAUGAAUGGAGUGGCUAUGGUUAACCUUGUGAGAAAAUAAAUAAACGCUUGUCGUUAAACAUG